AACCGCUGUACUGUUGACCGGGGCGCCUUCUCUGUUUUAGUGUCAUUUGUAAGAGAAAAGUAUAAAACAAUGUCUGUCUAUAUUUUUUUCCCCUUUUUACUUUUUGCUUUUGCAAGUGCACCAUUUGCCAAAGGAAACAAAGAAAUAGUCGUGGCCACCUACAACUUAUGGAAUGUUAUGUUUAUGUGGGACACAAGAAAGUUUUAUAUUGCAGAAAUGAUACGUCAAUCCAAAGCAGAUGUGAUUGGUUUCCAGGAAGUCAGAUCUGACUUGUCAGAUAAGAAAAAUCAGAUCAGAGAAUUACAAAGCCUUUUAGGACCUGAAUAUAAAUACUCCAGUUACCAUCCUGUGACAACGGUGACUCCUCCUCUUGGGAUGCAAGGGCCACCGGGAUGGGAACAAGAAGGCCUCGGGUUCAUAAGCAAGCAUCCAAUAAUGCUAAGUAGUAACAUGGAAUUAAAAAUAAGUCAACUAAAUCCAGACAAGAACAAACGAGUACUACUCCAUACACGGCUAAAUAUUCAAGGAGUUGAACUCGAUUUAACGCUUGUCCAUUUCUCGUAUGACAAGCAACAGCAAUGCCAGAAUGCAGUUGACCUUAUCAGCCACCUUGUUGCUUUACACAGCAAGAGGUCAGUAGUCUUGGGAGAUUUUAAUGUUUACGCUGACUUUCCCUGGCCAAUGGCUGCGAUAGAAAGUGGUCGAUUUCCUAAGAGAAGUGCAUGUGGACCAGGAAGUUACUUGAAGGCUGGGAGAACAUAUGCCUAUGUUGAUGUUUGGAAUGCAGUUAACCACGGACGUGAAGGUUAUACCUUUAGCAAUAUGCCCACUCCUGGUCUAGUAAGCCGACCGGACCGAAUCCUUGUAUCCAGGAAUGGCCUUGCUGUCAUCAAGGCUGAUACCAUUGGUGGACACUAUAUGAGUGCAUAUUACCGCGCCCUUAACAAAUGGCACCGCCUGGUGACUGUCUUACACCAUACCAAUCUUUCUACUUCAACCUCCAUCACCUACACCUGCCAUCAGGACUGCGGUCCCCAUGGGUCAUGCAGGUGUGGUGUUUGCGUUCGUGGUGGCAACAAAAACAACUGUGACUUGCAAUUCUGCUACGAGUGUGAUGGUACACACUAUAGUACGUUCAUUUUGCUAGUGUUUUUUCUAUCUAUUUAUUUGCUGUUUAUUUUGUACAUUCUCAUCAAGUAUGCCUUUAGAUAUUUAUGCUUUAAGAGUAGAUGGAAGAAAGGUCAAAGAGUGUUCUUUGUUUUGCCUAACAGAAGCUUGUUGAUUGUGGUAGGGGCACUAGGAAUGGCUUUAUAUUUAUUUGUAAUUAUGAAUUUUUCAGAUACUUUUGAAACAGUUAACAGUAUUUUGGCGGAAGAAGAAUUUCCUUCAGACCAUUUAAUGCUAACCACCUUAUUAGAAUUGAGAUAAUAUGCAAAGUCACGGUCAAAGGGCUGAACUGUUAGAGCUGUGUCAGGUGUUUUCAUAGGUCUUUCUAGCUUUGUGAUGAAAGACACCUGCACAUGCAUGUUUUGUAGUUCUAUUUUUUAGACACAAUGCAUUGAAAUUAUAAUGCAAAAAUUGGCUUAUAGAGAACUCAUGUGCAACUGACGAAUCAGCUGUUGUUUAAUAUCUAUUAGUUAGUGUUAAGAGUGUUUUUUAUAACCCAGUGGAAUUCAAUUUAGCUAAGCACUAGAGUGGUUUCAUUAAUCUGUGAAACAGUUCGUGGCAUACUACACGUUUACAUAGUAAUACUAGUAAAAUAUUUUGUUCUCUAUUGUUUUGUUUUGUGUAUCACGCACUGUUACACACCAACUAACAGUUAGUGUUUCACAGAUUAAUUGAAACCACUAUAAUACCCUUUGCUCUCUUUUGUGCUGGCUUGAUUACUACACUUUGACACAUUGAACUUUGUUUCAAUGGUUUAAAAAAGAACACUUUAACAUGCAAAAUAGAACAAACUAUUGCUUAAAAAUUUAUAUAGUAUUUCACACAUCAAUACACAAUGAACUCUUAAGAGGUACGUACUGGACAAUGUAUAUGACAGGGGUUUGACAUAGCCCCUAAGAUACUUUGAAUAAAGAUCUUUAACCCCCA